AGGAAGCAUCUUCUACCACGUGGGCCGAAGGCGGAGGAAGAGAAGCGGCAGGUCGGUCACGAUGGGAGGCCUGGAGAAAAAGAAGUAUGAGAGGGGUUCCGCCACCAACUAUAUCACCAGAAAUAAAGCUCGGAAGAAACUGCAGCUCAGCCUUCCAGACUUCAGGCGACUCUGCAUCCUAAAGGGGAUUUACCCCCAUGAACCCAAACACAAAAAGAAGGUGAACAAGGGAUCAACAGCUGCCCGGACCUUUUACCUCUUGAAAGACAUAAAAUUUCUUCUCCAUGAGCCCAUUGUCAACAAAUUCCGGGAAUAUAAGGUGUUUGUCCGCAAGUUGCGUAAAGCCUACGGGAAGAGCGAAUGGAACACAGUGCAGCGCCUGAAAGACAACAAGCCGGCUUAUAAAUUGGACCACAUCAUCAAAGAGAGGUACCCAACCUUCGUGGACGCCCUGCGAGAUCUGGACGAUGCGCUCUCCAUGUGCGUCCUCUUUUCCACCUUCCCGCGCACGGGCAAGUGUCACGUCCAGACCAUCCAGCUGUGUCGUCGGCUGACCGUGGAGUUCCUUAACUACGUCGUCGCCUCGCGCGGUCUUCGCAAGGUCUUUCUCUCCAUUAAGGGCAUCUAUUACCAGGCUGAGGUGCUGGGCCAGCUCGUCACCUGGAUAACGCCCUAUGCCUUUUCCCACAACCACCCGACCGAUGUGGAUUAUAGGGUCAUGGCUACUUUCACUGAAUUCUACACUACCCUUCUUGGCUUUGUCAAUUUUCGUCUCUACCAGACACUCAACUUGCACUAUCCCCCAAAGAUCGAAGGCCAUUCUUCAGUAGAGAGCAAGCCGGAGGAUGGAGAAGCUUACGCCUUGGAUUCAGAGAGCACCUUGGAGAAACUCUCGGCUCUCAGCACCAGCCUGGCUCGAGUCAUUGCCCCCAACAUAGAGGAUGAAGCUGAAGUGGAUGAGUUCCCCGUGGAAGGCGAAACUGCAGAACAAGAAGAGACCAGGAGGAAGGAGGAAGAGGACUUGAAGAGGCAGAAGAAGCUCUUCGAAGGGCUGCAGUUCUUUCUCAACCGGGAGGUGCCUCGCGAACCCUUAGCCUUUGUCAUCAGGUGCUUCGGGGGCAAAGUGUCCUGGGACAAAUCUGUCUGCAUUGGCGCCACCUACGACGUUACGGAUCCAGGCAUCACCCACCAGAUAGUUGACCGUCCAAAUAUAGAGAAACAAGUGGUUGGAAGAUAUUACCUCCAGCCUCAGUGGGUCUUCGACUCGGUCAACGCCAAAAUGUGCCUCCCAGUGGCCGAUUACUUCCCCGGCGUAAUGCUGCCCCCUCACCUCUCCCCGUUUGUCUCGGAGAAAGAAGGCGACUACAUGCCCCCAGAGAAGCUAAAACUUUUGGCUUUGCAAAGGGGUGAAGGACCAGCCAAAGACAGUGAGUCGGAAGAGGAAGAAGAGAGUGGCGGAGAGGAGGAAAAUGCAACUGAAGGCUCGGAGGAAGAGGAGGAGGAGGAUUCUGACAAGGAAGAUGAAGGGAAACUACGCAAAAUGGAAGUGCAGCGAUCUCAGAACAAGAAUCUGCCAGUGAAAGUGACCCCUGGUCGGGUUGUGAAGGAAGAUAAGGAGCGGCUGAUGCAAGAACAGCAGAGUGAGGAGAAACGUUUGGCCAUCAUGAUGAUGAAGAAACGGGAGAAAUACCUCUACCAAAAAAUAAUGUUUGGGAAGAAGCGCAAAAUUAGAGAGGCAAACAAAUUGGCAGAGAAACGAAAAGCUCACGAUGCGGCAGUAAAAUCAGAAAAGAAGAAAAGCAAGAAGGCACGAAGGGAAUAGAAGAGCUGACAUUUCACAACGCAGGCCUGGAAAGUGGACCUGGGACCUAAAGACGGUGUUGUGACCCAGGUCCAAGUAGGUAAUAGGAAAACUCAGUCAGUGUAAAAACAAACAACCUUUAUUCGAACAGCUGAGAAUUACUUCAUUCUCAGCGCUAGUUCAACUAAAUUAAAGCAAAUUCCUCCCAACACCAAUUCGUCAGUCCUAUCGCCAACUUUGGUCCCAUUAGGCAAACUGCCAAAGGCCUUCCUUGGCAAAAGUUCAGAAGACGCCGAUACGAAACAAAUGCAAGAAGACGAAGCUAUCAACGUUGUUUUCCGGCAAAGCCCAAACGCCGUUGCUGGUCUUUUUAAGUCUUAUGGGAGGGACCAAUCAUCUCUUGGCCCUACUCCCGAGUCAUCUUCUUUGCUUGAGCUGCUCUUGCCUUCUGGCAGCUCUUCUCAUGCGUGAAUUAGGAACAGGCUCCUCCUGUUCCUCUGCCUCACUACUGUCAGCCUCUGGAGGCUCCGGAGUCCGCACCUCACUCCCCGAUGGCCCUGGCCCCACCUCAGCCUCCGACGCAGAGCCCUCAUCCGAGCCUUCCCCAGCCUCCAGGACUGGCCCAUGUUCUUCCUCAGCCUCAACGCUCUCCGAACUCCGUUGCCAGUUCUGCAAGCUGCUGGCAGACCACAACAGACGGAUCUUGUCAGAUGGACAACGUCGGAAUUCCUGAUUCUUUGGGGCUCCACCCUUCUCCAAAACAGAAUUAAUCCGAACUGGGACUAUAGUACCCUGAUUUCUUUAGGGAAAUUCUAUUGAAAAGACAUAUACAUUUUUUGGUCCCCUUCAGUUUUUCUCUUUAUCGCACCCACUGUACCAGCCUCAGCGAGACGGUCAGAUAGAUCUCCAGUCUUGGAUGGAGAAAUGUUCUUUUUGAGGAGAUCAAUAGUCACGAACAGUCCCUCCUUUCCAAGGACACACAAAAUAGCAAACGCGUGGACGAGGUUCCUAUCUGGAAUCAAUAAAACCGGUUUGCUUUCUGA